UUCACUAAUUAUUCUCUCCCGUCUCUCCCUGCAUUUUGCAGGGUAGAGGCAGCCAUCAAAUCAAAUACAAAACCCAAAAAAAAAAUAAAUAAAUAAAUAAAAAGAAAAAAAGAAAAAAUCUUCCAUCCGUGUCCGGUUAAUGGCAGAGCAGCCCAUUAGUGUAAUGACGGUGAAUUCUUCUUCUUCUUCUUCUGAAACAGAGCUCCCUAAUUUGCCCCUGCAAAUCAAUGACGACAAGAGUAAUAACAAUGUCAAAGUGGAUGAUUCUUUUAUCACAAAGAAGAAGAAGAAGAAGAAGAGCAUUAACAUUUUGAAAGUGGCUUUGAUGCUCCUCCGCCGACGCUCAGGAAAGUCAAAGAACCCUGCUGUUGAUGUGGCUUCUAAAGGAAUGUGGAAUCGGCUUAUUGGGGCGAUGCGGCCUUUGCAUUUGCAGAGGGACGAUCAGUCGCCUCCGAUACAAGUUGUUCCGUCGUUGCCGACCACGGAGCCUGCACCGCCGCUCUUGCAUCCUUCCCCCUCCGUCGAUAGCUUUGAGGAUGUCAAUUCCUCCUCCUCUUCGGUUGAUGGCAUGAGCAGCAGGUAUGCCUCUGCUAUCAACCUUCACGAGCUGGACCAAAAUGACCAAGAUGACGAAAACGAAAACAGUGGUAAAGUCUAUGCAAACAUGAAAGGUGAGGACGAGAUGAUUGAUGUCAAAGCAGAGAUGUUCAUAGCUCAAUUCUACGUACAAAUGAGGCUUCAACGCUCUGACUCAGAUAUCUGCUACAACGAAAUGAUUAAGAAAUCAAUUGACUAAAAUAUCCAAUUAGCGUCAUAGAAAAUAAUUCUACUGGAGAAUAAAGUUUUUGAAAAUAAAUUUCAUAUUGAUGGAUGAUAUUGCUAUUAAUAAGGUAGAAUUAUGAGAAUGUUUAUGAUG